CCCCUUUUCCUCCUCGAGGGCUGAUAUCGAGGAGAUAAUAAUCCUCUACAAUAAUAGUUUUUUUUUUUUUUUCUAGUUGACUUUUCGCAUUAAACGUCAAGAUGGCUGCGCCGACGGAUCCCCUUCGUGCCCACCUCACCUAUAAGCCGCAGCCUCUCAAGUUCGGUACCAGUGGCCGUCGUGGUCUGGUCGUUGAUUUGACCCAGCUUGAAAUCUACACGAAUGUUCUCGCUGAGAUUCGCUAUCUCCGAUCUCUCCCACUCUCAGAAGGUGGUAUUCAGGCUGGCGACGAUUUUUAUUUUGCGUAUGACCUCCGCCCCAGUUCGACCACCUACGUUGAGAAUAACCGUGGCGGCAUCUCCCAAGCCGUCGUGCAGGCCUUGAAGGAUGAAGGCAUGAAUCCCAUCAACCUGGGCGAUAUCCCCACGCCUGCCCUGACAUACUGGGCCCUCAAGAAUGGAAAGGGCAGCAUCAUGGUCACUGGUAGUCACAUCCCUUUUGACCGCAACGGUUAUAAGCUCAACACGUCGAAAGGAGAACUCCUGAAGAAGGAUGAACAGCCCAUUAACAAGGCUGUUGAAGUCACUCGUGAACAACUCAUGGAACAGCCCUAUGCUGAAUCCCUGUUCAACAACCAUGGCAUGCUUCGCAACGCGCCGUCUAGCCUGCCACCCGCUACGUCAGAUGGAAGAAACGCUUAUAUCCAGCGUUAUCUCGAUUUCUUCGAGGGGAAGACACUCCAGGGCAUGAAGAUUCUGGUCUACCAACACUCUGCUGUAGGCCGUGACGUCGUGGUUGAGAUUCUCCAGAAGCUAGGCGCUGAGGUCACCGCCGCCGGCCGCAGUGAUACGUUCGUGCCAAUUGACACUGAGGCUAUUGACCAGGCCCAACUCGACACAAUCGAGAAUCUCCGCCGCGAGACUGGUGGAACAUUCGAUGCGAUCGUCUCCACGGAUGGUGAUAGCGACCGUCCACUCCUGGUUGCCCCUGAAGGCAGUAAGCUCCGCUUCUUCGGUGGCGACCUUCUAGGCAUGAUUGUUGCGGAAUUCCUUGGUGCCGACGCAGUUGUCGUCCCUAUCAGCACAAAUGAUGCUAUCGAUCGGGGACCGCUCGCGCGCGUCACUGAACCAAAAACCAAGAUUGGCAGCCCUUACGUGAUCGCUGGGAUGCAGCGUGCUACCGCCAAAGGCCAUCUUCGUGUCUGUGGAUGGGAAGCCAAUGGUGGCUUUCUCACCGGCUCCGACAUCGAGCGAAAUGGCAAGACACUCACCGCGCUUCCUACGCGUGACGCCGUGCUUCCUCUGCUCUCCGUCCUGUUCUCGGCGCGUAUCCGCCAGAUUGCGGUACCAGAACUUUUCUCGACGCUUCCUCACCGUUUCAGCCGCGCUGCAUUGAUUAGAAAUUUCCCUCGGUCGACAAGCAUGAAGAUCAUUCAACGCUUUUCGCCUCCCGAGGUCAUCAUGCAAGAGGUCUCUUUUCACGGAGACCACAUCGUUGCUUACGACCCCGAGCGCACAACGAUCGAAGUCCAAGAGUCUCAGACAAAGCAACUUGACCAGAUCCGUCGCGAGCUCCAGGCUGUGUUCUCUAGCGAGUCCGGGUUCUCUCUCAUUGGCAAGCUAAAUUACACCGACGGCGUCCGCAUUAUCUUUGCCAAUGGCGAUGUUGCUCACUUCCGCCCUUCUGGCAACGCUGAUGAACUGCGGAUCUAUGCUGUCGCCGACUCACAGGAGCGCGCCGACCAGAUCGCCGUACAGGGAAUCGCCGAGCCUAAUGGUCUUCUGAGGCGUCUGGAACGCACGGUUUAGGACAGUGGCUGACCCGAUUUUUCCAAGUGUUGGAAUUCACUUUAUCCUAGUCGUACGCCAUUCAUAUACCCAGUCAUAUACUCUAUAGUUCUUUUUUCUGCUUGUCUUCCACAUUGGAUCCUUCGAAGCAUUUGAAAAGCAAGGUUUUGGGAAGCCUAGUGUAGGUGCCACAUUUCACCUGGUUAAAAGAAUGCAUGAAAGUCUGAAUUCAAGACCAGCGCUACAUUCCAAGUAUGAUUACCAUCUAUCAUCUUAAAUAAAAAUUUCAAACUUAUACUGGCAGUGUAAAAUUGAUCAAUUACUACGUGAGUCUUUUCAUAUUGAGAAAGCUCCAUGGCGUGAUAAUUCUUCUUCCAGUUAAUGUAACCAAAUAGAAAGUAGAGAAGAUAUGGGUG